UACAUAAUAUACAAUAAUAAAAUAGAUAUAUGAUAACGUAAAAUCUAAAACUGUGAUUAAGAAAUGUAGAAAGAUACUUUAUCUCAAAUGUGUAAUUUGAUACAUUUCUGAUGUUUCCGCGUAGAAGUUCUACAUUGAAAUUCUUUUUAAUUUCACCGGUUAUUGUAGUUUUGUAUUGUGAAUGGCUCGUGUAUUUGACACAACCUUUUUUAUGGAAUGAGUUGAAGUGUAAUCAUGAUAAUUCCUGUACGAAAAUCUUAUUUAUUGCCGAUCCACAAAUACAAGGGGAACAGGCUGUUCCACAACCUCUUAGCAUACUUUUUAACUGGGAUAGCGACAGGUACUUGAAAUCUACAUUCUCAGUUGUUGUCGAUCACUUCAAACCUGAUGUAUUGGUCUACCUUGGGGAUCUUAUGGAUGAGGGAUCAAUGGCCACCAAACUAGAGUACCAUAGCUAUGUGAAGAGAUUAGCUUAUAUAUUCGACCUUGAUUAUCCUAUCGUGCAAGUCUGGUUACCAGGAGACAAUGACAUCGGAGGUGAGAAUGAGCCAAUAAAGUUUGAUAAGAUAACUGAAUUUGGUAAAGUGUUCAAACAGCCAUCUGUGAUAAUGUACAGGAAUAUUACUUUCUAUAAGAUAAACUCUAUUCUGUACAAAGUACCGCAGGCAUCUGACGAGCCGGAUAUGAAUGUGAGAAUUGCUGUUGCACAUUAUCCAGUGCUAGCUAGGGCUUUUUAUGGAAGACAGGUAGAAAAUGCUAUUCAUCCAGAUAUUUAUUUCUGCGCCCAUGAGCAUGUAUCUAAAUAUACGAAGCAAAAUAAAAAUGUUGAGACGCACUUCUUGAGUUCAUGGGAUUCUCGACUGGAUGUGUCAUUAGAUGACGGUUUUAAGUAUGAAAUAUAUGUCCCGACCUGUUCAUACAGAAUGGGUACGAGUAAGAUCGGAUAUGGAGCUGCGGUUAUAGAGAACAGACAAAUAAAAUACACAGUGUUCUGGUCACCGCAGCGUUUCCCGUAUCUGAUAACUUAUGUUGUGUUUUUAAUAUUGUUCUUUAUUGUUUCUUGUUGUUUUGGUACCAGAAAACUGAUCUCCAGAACAACUAUACCCAAGGGUGAUGUUCUACUACCUCUCUUAAAUAAUGCACAGUGAUUUGUAAAUUUCAUGAACAAAAUGAUAUAUAUAUAUCUCAAUUAUAUUUUUUUUUAAAUGAUAACAAAGGUCACAGGUUUCCAUAAAAGCUAUUGCUUUAUUUAAAAUCGUUCUUGAAAUGGUAAGUAUAAGAAAUAUAUUUGAUUAAUGAUUAAUAUACGUAUGUGAAAAGUGCUUGUGACAAAUCACAUAUGGAGAGUCCAUCCUGCCAUACUGUAUUAUUGUUGAAAAGAGCUUUAUAAAUAAUGUCAUCACCGAGGGUGAGCUUUUAUAUCAUAAGGCUUUAUGAUGUUGCCAAGAGAAAGAUAAGUUUUAUUCUUUAUGGUUGUAUUUAAAAUGAGUUAUGUUAUCACUUAAAGUUUAUUUUUUAUAUACUUUUAUAUGUUUGUUACAAUAAAGAUUGGUAUGUCCAUAUUAUUCUUGUACAUGAUAUGUUUCGAUUAUUGUCUUCAGAAAUACAAGAAAAAUUUUAAUAUCCUUUUGGAUGUAUACAUUGUUUAUAAUUUUUUAGUACAAAAUAACCAAAAACCAAAAAAAAAAAGUUUCAAAUAUUGUUAUUCAGCCUUGACAAAUAUAGUGGGUUUUGAUGUUUAUUAAAUGAAAGUAUAUAAAAAUAUAUAUAUUUAGUGUUUUAUAAUUUAAUACCUUUGUUUGUUAAAUAAAUAGUUAAUGAUAUGUUGGUAAUCAUGUAUAAAUUUAAUAUGAUAAAACUCAAAGAGUUUGAUAGGAGCAGUGUUCGGAACAACAUGUUUAUAACGCCAGUCGAUAUAUUGCAUAUAAGAAAAUAUAACAGGCCAUUGUUAUUUAUAUUAAACAAUAUAAGCGGUACUGUGAAAA